GGCCGCGCGCAGCCGCGGCCGCUGGGGUUGCUUCCCUCAACUGCGGUCGCGGGCGCUCGCGACUCCGCGCCUCAGGAGGGAGCGGCCGGUGGGCCCGCAUCCUGUCCGUGGGGUUCGAGGCUGGGCUGCCGCGGCCGCCUCCUUCUGGUGCCUGGGCCGCCCUGAGGAGCCGGGCCGGGGCACGGCUGACUGACCGGCCCUGGGGAGCCGAGACCGCCGGAGGCGAAGGCGGAGGCGCACGUCUGGCGGUCUCCUGGACCGGGAGGAGGCCGAGGGGACCAUGUCCGGGAGGAACCUCCACCUCUCCACCACCGAACGCGUCAUCAAAGCUGUCCCUUUUCCUCCAACACAGCGGCUUACUUUGAAGGAAGUAUUUGAGAAUGGGAAACCUAAAAUUGAUGUUUUGAAAAACCAUUUGGUGAAGGAAGGGCGACUGGAAGAGGAAGUAGCCUUAAAGAUAAUCAAUGAUGGGGCUGCCAUCCUGAGACAAGAGAAGACUAUGAUAGAAGUAGAUGCUCCAAUCACAGUAUGUGGUGACAUUCAUGGACAGUUUUUUGACCUGAUGAAGUUGUUUGAAGUUGGAGGAUCACCUAGUAAUACACGCUACCUCUUUCUGGGUGACUAUGUGGACAGAGGCUAUUUCAGUAUAGAGUGUGUGCUGUUUUUAUGGAGUUUAAAGAUUAAUCAUCCCAAAACAUUGUUUCUGCUUCGAGGAAAUCAUGAAUGCAGGCAUCUUACAGAAUAUUUCACCUUCAAACAGGAAUGUCGAAUCAAAUAUUCUGAACAGGUGUAUGAUGCGUGUAUGGAAACAUUUGACUGUCUUCCUCUUGCUGCCCUCUUAAACCAGCAGUUUCUGUGUGUACAUGGAGGAAUGUCACCUGAAAUUACUUGUUUAGAUGACAUUCGGAAAUUAGACAGGUUUAAAGAACCUCCAGCCUUUGGGCCAGUGUGUGACCUGCUUUGGUCUGAUCCCUCAGAGGAUUAUGGCAAUGAAAAGACCUUGGAACACUAUACCCACAACACGGUCCGAGGGUGCUCUUAUUUUUACAGUUACCCUGCAGUUUGUGAAUUUUUGCAGAACAAUAAUCUGUUAUCAAUAAUCAGAGCCCAUGAAGCCCAAGAUGCUGGGUAUCGAAUGUACAGGAAGAGCCAAACGACAGGCUUUCCAUCACUCAUUACUAUUUUCUCUGCCCCCAAUUACCUAGAUGUCUAUAACAAUAAAGCUGCUGUGUUAAAAUAUGAAAACAAUGUCAUGAAUAUCAGGCAGUUUAACUGUUCUCCACACCCAUACUGGCUUCCAAACUUUAUGGAUGUUUUCACGUGGUCUUUGCCUUUUGUUGGGGAAAAAGUGACAGAGAUGCUGGUUAACAUUCUCAACAUAUGCUCUGAUGAUGAAUUGAUUUCCGAUGAUGAAAUUGAAGGAGGCACUACAGUUCGAAAGGAGAUCAUCAAGAAUAAAAUCAGAGCCAUUGGGAAGAUGGCACGGGUCUUUUCAAUUCUUCGGGAAGAGAGUGAGAGUGUGCUGACUCUCAAGGGCCUGACUCCUACAGGUACACUCCCUUUGGGUGUACUCUCAGGAGGAAAGCAGACUAUUGAGACAGCCAUCAGAGGGUUUUCGCUUCAGCACAGGAUCCGGAGUUUUGAAGAAGCCCGAGGUCUGGACCGAAUUAAUGAGCGGAUGCCACCCCGCAAAGAUAGCCAGUACUUUGAUGCGCCGGUGAAAUUGGUCCAACCAAACGCUGCGCACAGGAGUGACAAGGGGAGAAGAGCCAGUAAUGACUCAGAGCCCUGCUGUGGCACAGGUGGAUCCAAGACUUAACAAUCAAUUUUAUUUAUUUAUUAUUGGAAAACAAAACAAAAACAACUGAAGCAACUUAAACCUGGAGGUGCAUUCAUAAUACACUCUGCAUUUACUCUGUAAGAAAGGUGACCAUUUUAUAAAUUCUUUUAAUUUAUGUUUAAUAUAUACAUAAAAAGUGAAUGUGUUUUGUUUAUCCUUUUUUUUCCCACCAGAUUUUUAGGAACUGAUCUGAUUGUCUGAUACAUAGUGAAGUCUUGUGCUAUAAAGGGGACCUUCCCCCUAAUAAAAGGGCCUUGGAAACC